AAUCAAAACGAAAGAAAAAUGGAGUUCUCUGUAAGCGAAAACGCUCUGAAGACCUUCGCCAGGUCCAUUACGUGCCUUGCACGUCUAGGCAACGAGCUUGUCAUUCAAGCUUCUUCUUCUCAGCUUGUUUUUCACACACUCAAUUCAUCACGCUCUGCAUAUCAGUCUAUUACAUUUAAGUCAAGUUUCUUUGACGUCUACACGAUUUCUGGUGCACAAGUCCAAUGUAGCGUGUUGUUGAAGGCUGUUUGUUCUGUUCUUAGGUCUCCUAUUGCAAGUGUUGAGCAUCUGACUGUGCAGUUGCCUGAUCCUGAUUCUCCUAAAGUUCAGUGGACUUUGAAAUGCUACAAUGGUAUGAGGAAAGCCUAUUGGAUUACUUGCAAUGUUGAACCCGACAUACAACAUUUAUCUCUUGAUAGGAGAAAAUUCCCAAGUAACUUUGUAGUGAGGCCUCGUGAUCUCAACAGAUUGCUUGGUAAUUUUCAAUCAUCCCUUCAGGAGAUCACUAUCAUUGCAACAGAGGCCACUUCCGUACCCUCUGAUGCUGCGGGUGAAAUAGGAGGAAAGGCUGUUGAACUUAGAAGUUAUAUAGAUCCAACCAAAGAAAAUGACUCUGCGCUACACACUCAACUGUGGAUAGAUCCAACCGAGGAGUUUGUGUUGUAUACUCACUCUGGAGGUCCUGUAGAUGUGACAUUUGGUGUGAAGGAACUGAAGGCUUUUCUUUCUUUUUGCGAAGGCUGUGAAGUUGACAUACACUUAUUUUUCGACAAAGCUGGCGAGCCAAUAUUAAUGGCACCAAAAUUUGGUCUAGAUGAUGGGUCCAGUUCAAAUUUCGAUGCUACAAUUUUACUUGCCACCAUGCUUACAUCACAACUCCGUGAAGCUAAUUCUUCAGAACCUCCACAAGCAGUCACUGAAAUUCCUGCUCAGGCUGUUGCUGGCACAGGGUCUCAAGCUCAACAGGAAAGAUGUAGAGCAAAUGUCUCUGAGCAUCCAUCUGAUCACACCAGAAUUUGGUCUGAACUUUCAGGAAGUGCAGCUAGAAUUGGUAGCGGUGCUGAAGGCAGGCACGUUCAAAGGGAAAGAAAUGUGGGUGCUAGUGAACAGAGGGAAAUCCAAAGGAUUAGCAGAGUUCAGAUAUCAAAAGAUGCAUCUACUAGAGAGAAUGUUGCUGCAGGUCCAACGUUCGGCCAUCCGGUGGAAAAGGAUCUUGCAGAAGUAGCCCAAGACAAGUCUGAAAUUAAUGGCCAAGGUAUUUCACAACGUCAUCCUAGUAAUUGGGUAGACGCAGAUGAUGACGAUGACGAUGACGAUGAUGAUGAUGAUGAUGGGGAUGCUCAGGAACUGUGUGUUCAGUCAACUCCGCCAUACUAUGAAGAACACUAGCAAUGGAUCUCUUUUUCUUAGUUGUAGGCUGCUCGGUUGCUAUUCCUUUGCUGUAAGUCAGUAAGUGCAUGUAUCUCUUCUAGUGACACCUAAAUAAUUCAGUAGCUCUGCUUCUGCUCUAUUUGUUUUCCCAUUAUUGAGCAUGGAUCUCUGAUCUGAUAUGCUCUUGAAUUAAUUAUAAAU